AUGUGCGCCGCAUUUCUCAUCUCAGCCUCGUACGAUCAGCAGAUUCGCUUCUGGGAUGGUUCAUCUGGUCGCACUGUGCGCUGUUUUGCAUUUCAGGACUCACAGGUGAAUGCGUUGCUGAUGAUCCCCGACACAACGUACCUCGCUGUGGCCGGGUUUGGUGUGGUGCGUGUGUACGACAUUGGCGUAGCGCACACGGCGUCCGGUGGCGGUGGCAUUGGCAGCCAGGCACCGCCGCUCUUCUCGUCGUACGAAAAUCAAUCCGCGAUGAACGUGACAAGCCUCGGCACCUUUCCACUACACACUAGGAAGGGUAUUAUCUCGUUCUUCGGUACCUCCGCCGAGGGGUCGAACAGCAGCUUCUUCAAUACAUUUGACCUGGCGGCGACCCAGCGGCCUCUCUCGGACGUCUUUGCUGGUGAACUUUCAACAGCACUCUACGCGACCUCGGAGGACGGUCAUAUUCGUUUCUUUAAUGCCACCUCACCGACGACACUGAAUCUCAUUUGCGACAUCGCAACAGGCGCCGCCAUUACAUGUAGUGCGCUCUCACCAAACCGUCAGUACCUGCUCACAGGUUCACAGAUUGGCCGUGUGUCUGUGUGGCAUCUCCCCGCCGUCAUUGCGGUAGCCACGCAGCAGCUCGACAGCUCCGUGCACACUGCGUUUGGUCAGAGGCCGAUGCAAGAAAUCACGUUUGAGGCGGACUACACAGCCAUCCGAAGCAUUGCAUUGGAACCAUUGGCCCGUUGGGCUGUGGUGGCGACAAAUGCAGGGAAAUUGCACUUUUUGCGUUUUUUGGUAGAAUCGGGCGCCCCUGGUCACUCCACAGAUACAGACGUUGGCGUGGUGAAGGUGUCAGCAAUUGGCGAGGGGAAUGAGGAGGAGCCACAGAAGGGUGAAGGUAUUGUUAGUGAUAGCAUUGAAGCCGAGGCGUGCUCCACCCCCACCACCACCACCAAUCUGCUAUCCUCUAACAGUAACUGUCCACCCCCAGAGAGUGUGUAUAGGUCUGCAGUUGUCAGCAACGAGCUUGGGAACAGCGGGCUGCGCGGUAAUGUAUUGGGGUCAUCAUUUGCUGGUCACGACAAGGAAUCCAUCGCUGCCGCGCUCAUCGGCAGUCUGGACCCCAACAGCCUCCGCGUGAAAGCCUUCUCUUCAAACAAAGGUGGCGACAGCCCGCACAACGCUUCAACAGAGUCCUCUACGCACAAGUCGGCCUUUCGGCAGCAGGUUGUUAUGGAGGUCUUUCACUCGUUCCAGGCGCAUUACAAAUAUAUCCUCAAGGUGGCCAUUUCACCCAAUGCGGACAUGCUCGUGACGUGCUCCGCAGACUACACAGUGGGACGCUUUCUUAUUCCAUUGGAACUUCAGAAGGGUGCCGCAGAAAAGCUCAAUCAGCCUGGGGAUGCGUUUUGCAGCAGCCCUGCGAUUGAUCCCCCACUCUCUGCGACAGCGCCCAUGGCUGCUCAGGGCUCCGAAGUCGUCCAAUCCGAGGCGUUGGCGGAUGCUGGAGCGGCGGAAACGCCUGUAGCGGCGGCGAUUCUAUCACCACUGCAACCCAUUGAAGGGGAGGGCGACAAGAAUCCACUGUGUGCUGAGAACGCUGAGGGUGGUGAAAAAAAGCCACUUGAUACAGAACAAACGGGUGGGACGAAAAAAACAGCAACAUUUGCGGCUGAUUCAUCAUUCAUCCAAUCGACAAGAAAAGCUGCAGACAGGUCGGGCGUUCGUCCUUCCGAUUUUCAAGACGCCUCAUCCGUGUUGUUCUCUGUUGUGCCAUCAACGAGUGCGGAAGGGAACACAGCAUCCCAACAGACUGGCGGACUACAAUUCAAGGCGCUGAAGCCAUUGACGGGGCACGCCCGGUGGGUGUGGGAUUGUGUCUUCAGCGACUGUGGUCAGUUCCUCUUUACCUCAAGCAGCGAUCACAACCUGCGCAUGUGGACGGGCCUGCUCACCGACCGCGUGCAGUUCACCUGCUUUAUCGGGCACACGAAGCCGGUGGUGUGUUGUAUUUUGUAUUACGAAAAGAAGUGA